CGAUUGCAUGCGGGGCACACACAGCCCGUCAACGGCCUUGGCCCUGACUGACCUGUCACCUCAGAGGCAGGUUGAGGUGAGGGACCGUGAACGUACCGACCGAGCUACAUUACGUGACCUACUUGGCGAUGCUGAGCAGCGAUGGAACGCAAGGAACUCGAGGAGUGUUGCAUCUAUCGAGCUAAAAUGGGUUAAAUCGGCUAUAGGAGAUAUGUGGUUCGAAUGGUCAGAGCGGUUCGUUUCCAUAUCAUUAUGGCCAUCCAUCUGCAGUUCAAUCCUAGGAUUCAAGUUCAACUUACCUGGUUCAGACGCAGUUCUCGAUUCACUUUGCCUGUGGUAGCGGUCAUUUCCUAGUAAAUCUGCUCACGCCAUGUCGAUUUUCGAGCAGGCCAACGAGGCACGCCUCGGCGCCCUCAACGUUGCGCCCAUCAUCUCCAUGCCACAGCUACCCAACAUUCUAUCGGAGUGGGCAGCCAUUGUUCCUCUUGUCUGCCAUCUAGCCACACACCGUGACGACCACGCUACGACUGGCAAGGUGGCCUUGGCGGGCAGAGUUUCUGUGAGUCUCUUUCCCCGGCUGGGCUCGCUGUCCGGCCUUUCGCGGUUGAUCGGGAACACGCGCAAAUUCCUCGACCACGCCAGCUCGCGUGGUGGCACCAGCCUCCAUGUUUGGGACGUCUAUUGGGGCGGCAUGUUUCCCUGCAGCAACGGCAUUGCCGUCGAAUUCAUCAUCGACUACUGCCAGCAGAGGCACGGGCGAGUCAGCACCAUACGCAUGCCGGAUAUCUUGCCCGAGCUACGUCCUGUCCCGCCAAGGCUCAGCAGCUACUCGUCGACGAACCUCAGCAGCAGAAGCAGCAUAUCCAGCCACGGAACACGGAUCUCCUCCUCUAAAAAUGGGACGCGAGCUCCGCGACCCGACCCCGACAAGGACUCAAUCUUCCGCUUCCGCCGCAGCCAGACCCUACACGUCUUUCGGUGCUUUCGCAAGCCAGGACGGCCCCUAAAGUCGCAGCCCUCAAAUUCGUGGUCUUUUGCGCCGCAUAUUCUGCGGCCGCUCUGUGCAGCCGUCGUCGCAGUCGCACUCCUCCUGUGCGGCAGCUUCGGCACGGCGGCCAUGUUGUUCUGCACGGCCAUCUCGGGCUUCGCAGCCAGCCUGCUCGUCGCCGUCAAGCGGCCGCCGGGGUACCUCGAGAACAACGAGGCCGGGCUGCCGAGCGGGUGCAUGCUGGCAGCGGCGCACCAGAACGCCACCGAGUGGUACCUCUUCGUCGGCGACCGGGGCAUCGUCGACACGCUGCUCAACAAGACCAUGUUCUGGAUCCCCGACACGCGCACGGCGCGCCUGGUCGGCGGCUGGCUGCGGCUCGCCCACUUCAUCCAGCUCGCCGCCAUGACGUUCGCGGCCGGCCAGAAGGGCUGGGACGGCGUGUGCCUCGUCGCGCUGCUGGCCGUCAACUGGCUGCUCGAGCGCUGCGCCAACAGCAACGCGAACCUCGCCCACAGCUGGCUGACGCGCGAGUGCGUCGGCGUCGAGAUCAAGAAGUUCGAGUUCAGCGGCCGCUCGUACAUGUUGGGGGCAAUACAACUCUACAGCGGCAGCCAGACGACGUCGUGGAUGGACGACAUCAUCACGCCGCACCCCAGACGGGAGGCAUGGCUGCGACGUUUGUUUGGCCAAGAGCCGGACCACAGCUCGUGGAGUCCUGCUGACCUAGCCAAGAUUGAUAGUAGCGCCAGGCUGUCAGUUGAGGCCGCUUUUGUUAUGAAUGCCGAAUUAGGGGCGCCGACCGGAGAGGCUUGAUGCGGGGCGCAUUCCUUUCUCUUCUCACUGCAUACCACUUCUCGUUCACCCUCGAGUCCUUUUCACUCUACCAGUGCAAUAGUUAGAACGCUCGACUCGACUCGUUUUAAUUAUAGUUCACCAUCCUUCUUAAGGCAUGUGGUUGAAUUGUAACGACUCAUCUAAAUUAAAGAGUGAUAGGAUAACAAUCGAUUUAAUAACAC